UCCUCCUCUUGGGCGGGGUCUAAUGAGAACGCGGGACCAAUCAGCGGCGGUGUUGCUUUUGCGGCUCCACGUCGGCACCAGCGGCGGGGCAAGAUGGAGGCGCUGAUUUUGGAACCCUCCCUGUAUACUGUCAAAGCCAUCCUGAUUCUGGACAAUGAUGGAGAUCGACUUUUUGCCAAGUACUAUGACGACACCUACCCCAGCGUCAAGGAGCAAAAGGCCUUUGAGAAGAACAUUUUCAACAAGACCCAUCGGACUGACAGUGAAAUUGCCCUCUUGGAAGGCCUGACAGUGGUAUACAAAAGCAGUAUCGAUCUCUAUUUCUAUGUGAUUGGCAGCUCCUAUGAAAAUGAGCUGAUGCUCAUGGCUGUUCUGAAUUGCCUCUUUGACUCAUUGAGCCAGAUGCUGAGGAAAAAUGUAGAAAAGCGAGCUCUGCUGGAGAACAUGGAGGGGCUGUUCUUGGCUGUGGAUGAAAUCGUAGAUGGAGGGGUGAUCUUAGAGAGCGAUCCCCAGCAAGUGGUACACCGGGUGGCAUUAAGGGGUGAAGAUGUCCCCCUUACGGAGCAGACCGUGUCUCAGGUGCUGCAGUCAGCCAAAGAACAGAUCAAGUGGUCACUCCUUCGGUGAAGACCUCACUGUUCCUGGCUCCUCACCCCCUCAAAAAAUCCACACGUCUGCUGUGAC